UUGAAGCAAUUGAUGUGGAGGUGUGCAAAGGCUACACACUGGAAGGAUUGGGAGAGAGACAUGGCAGUGGUCCGAACGGUCAAUGUGGAUGCUCACAGGCAUCUCAAUUCUAUUCCUCCUAGAUUUUGGAGCAGGUCCAAGUUUAACUUCCAUUCCAAAUACAAUACUCUUGUAAACAAUAUAUGUGAAAGCUUUAAUGGUGCAAUAUUAGAGUCUAGGAAAAAGUCCAUUAUUACUAUGCUAGAAGAAAUUAGGGUGUACUUGAUGAGUAGAUGUGCUGUUAAUAGAAAAAGAAUUCAAAAGUUCAAUGGAAUAAUUUUACCUCGAAUUAGGAAGAAGAUAGAGAGAAGAGGUAGGUCAGCCGGUAAGUGGAGGCCUUACUGGUCUGCUGCACAGACAUAUGAGGUUGUAAAUGGGUUGAGCAAAUAUGCUGUUGAUUUAUCUCUUCGUGAGUGUUCUUGUAGGAAAUGGCAGCUAAGUGGAAUUCCAUGCACACAUGCCAUCAGCUGCAUCAACUUCAAGGGUCUUGAUAUGGAUUCAUAUGUGGAUAACUGCUACAAGAGAGAGGCCUAUGUCAAGUGCUAUGAUUCGAUAAUCAACCCUCUCAAUGGUCCAGAUCUGUGGGAGCACACUAACUUUGAUGAUGUCAUGCCACCACCCUAUCGGAAGCCUAGUCAUAGACCAGUAAAGAAGAGGAAGAGAGGACCUGAUGAAUCAGAGGCUAGAAGCCAGACUCACUUGUCUAGGAGGGGGCAGAUCUAGAGGUGCUCAAACUGUGGUGUAUCAGGUCACAAGAGAGGAAGAUGCAGCAACCCACCCCCUCCCUGCCCAACCACCUAAACAAUCUGCUGUGAAGAAAACUAAUGGAAAAAGGAAGAGAUCAAUUUCACAACCUGCUGUGCAAUCUGCUACCAGAGGGAGGAAGAGGUCCAAUCCGCAAGAAAAUCAUCAUCACAGCCCCAACUAGCCACCAGCACAAUACCCAUAAUCAGGUCCAAGUCAUCCCAACCCAUCCCCAAGCCCACAACACAUGCAUCUAGGCCCAACACAACAUCAGCAGCUACUCCCCAGUAAAGGUCCAAGAUGAAGCCCAUCAGAAGCUCAACACAACCACCACCAGUUGCCAAGGAGAAGGGUACAUCCAGCUCAAGCCAACUAGUUAUGAACAAAGUCUCCUUCAGUCAACAUUGCACUACAUGUUUUUCCAAGAAAGUUGAGGCUGAUGGCAAAACUGCCUCCAAGAGCUUGGAAAAAACUUUAAGAAUUUUUAGCUCCUAAUUAAGUUGUUAGCUUCUUAAUGUAGAGCUAAGUUG